GCUCAAGCGACAACCUAGACUUUCGAAUUCUCAAUUCCCUCCACAGACUCAUACCCCAAGAUACGUAAGACGAGCAUACCGGGCGCAUAGAGAAGUAAUAUACUGGUCUGGUCAUUAAUACUCGCUCCUACAGUUCUCCAGAGUUUAAUUCGUACUCUCUUUGUUGGCCAAGGUUAUCGUCGUCAUUCUACCAAAUUCGAGACUUGUUCAAGUACAAGCACAACGACAUUUAGCCCAAACGUCAAUCUUGGUGUCCUUUGACAAGAAAAAGAGGCGCCGUGUAGAUAAUCGCCUGGAAUUCCAUUACUACCGGAUCAAGCUUCUCUAUCUAGACACCAUCAUCAGCACUCACAAACCCCACCCUCAAGAUGUCGAACACCGAUUUCCUUGGGCGGGCCAUAGACGUGGUUAAGAAAGCCAUCGAAGCCGACACCGCAGCGGAAUACGAUAAAGCAUAUCAACUCUACUACCAAUCUCUUGAACUCUUCAUGCUCGCUCUCAAAUGGGAGAAAAAUGCCAAAUCCAAGGAAAUGAUCCGCGCCAAAGCCGGCGAAUACAUGGAGCGAGCUGAAAAAUUAAAAACACAUCUUGCAGAUGCGGAAGGCAAACGAAAAAAACCCAGUAUGAUGGGAGCGAAUGGGAGUUCGACGGGAGGAAAAGCAAACGAGGAGGAAGGGGAUCCAGAAAGCAAAAAAUUGAGAAGUGCAUUGCAAGGAGCCAUUCUACAGGAUAAACCAAAUAUCAAGUGGGAGGAUGUAGCGGGCUUGGAGGCCGCAAAGGAGGCGCUCAAGGAGGCUGUCAUUUUGCCAAUUAAGUUUCCGCAUUUGUUCACGGGAAAAAGACAACCUUGGAAGGGUAUUCUGCUUUAUGGACCACCGGGAACAGGAAAGAGUUAUUUGGCCAAGGCAGUAGCUACAGAAGCAAACAGUACGUUCUUCAGUGUGAGCAGUUCGGAUUUGGUCAGUAAGUGGAUGGGAGAGAGUGAAAGAUUAGUCAAGCAACUAUUUACCAUGGCUCGCGAAAACAAACCCUCUAUCAUCUUCAUCGACGAAGUAGACGCUCUCUGCGGGCCCAGAGGAGAAGGAGAAUCAGAAGCCUCGAGACGUAUCAAAACCGAAAUGCUUGUCCAAAUGGAUGGUGUAGGAAGAGACAGCCGAGGCGUAUUAGUUCUAGGUGCUACCAAUAUUCCCUGGCAACUAGAUGCUGCCAUUCGACGUCGUUUUCAACGCCGUGUUCAUAUUUCCCUUCCGGACUUACCCGCACGAACUAAAAUGUUCGAGAUCAGUGUCGGAACUACUCCUUGUGAAUUGGUGGCCUCUGAUUAUAGAAAGUUGGGAGAACUGAGUGAGGGCUACUCGGGAAGUGAUAUCAGUAUUGCGGUUCAAGAUGCUUUGAUGCAACCUGUACGGAAAAUUCAAACGGCUACACAUUACAAAAAGGUCAUGUCUGAUGGCAUAGAAAAACUAACUCCCUGCUCCCCUGGCGACGCAGGCGCUAUGGAAAUGUCCUGGACAGAAGUCGAUUCGGAUAAGCUUCUCGAGCCACCUCUCCAAGUAAAAGAUUUCAUCAAAGCUAUCAAGGGGGCUAGACCUACCGUUUCUCAAGAAGAUAUCCAAAGGAGCACGGAUUGGACCAAUGAGUUUGGUAGUGAAGGUGCUUGAUUAUGUUUUGCCUUGAUACUUAGUAAUAGCAAGAAAAGAAAGCAUAGCUGCAGGGAGUGGUUGGGGGAGAGGAGUAUGGGAUAAGGCAUGGUGGCGAAGAAGGCGUUUAUAAAUGGAUAGCGUUCUAAACUUAAAACGAACGUCCGGCACAAGUCGAUUUAAAUGAAUGCUACGAGUUAAGACAGGCGAAGAGCUACAAGAAUACAAUUACAUAUAUGUCAAUGAUGUCAAGCAAGUCUCACA